GACGCGAGUGUGUAGUUUUGCGCAAAGAAAAAAGUGAUGCGGGACCUGGCUAAUAAGAUGGCCGAACUCAAAUUCGAGGCACCAUUGGCACAGUUCGAGGAGAGCGAUGAGUGGGGCCCGGUCGAAUACCAAUCGUCAACUGUGGUUACCACGAACGGUAAGGCGGCGGCCGUUUCCAUCAGCGACACCCUGAAUCUGAACAAUCUGAAGGAAUCGCUCCGUUCGCUGGAUGGCAAUCAGCAGCCGCAGCAACAUCUGAAAGAGGACGAUUUGAACGAGCUGAAUGACAACCUGCUGCUCGGUGACGAUACGCUGCGGGGUAGCAACGACGGUGGUGGCGACAUGACGAACAGCACCACCGCCAACAACAACACCAUCAAGGUGGGACCGAUCAAAGACAACAUUGAUUUUGCGGAAGCGUUCACCGGCAGCCUGGAGGAUUUGGUCAACACGUUCGAUGAGAAGAUUACCAAAUGCUUCGGCAACUACGAGCAAUCGGUCGAGGAGCUGGCCCCGGUGCAGGUUCGCUCGCAGGAGGAAAUCAUGAACGAAUGCCAGAUGUGGUGGACCAUUACGGGCAACUUUGGCAACAUACUGCCGAUCGAUUGGUCCAAAACGUAUGCACGCCAAAUGCACGUGCCAGCGCUGAACCUUGGCAUGCGCAAACCGGGCACACCGGACGACGAUUUGCUGCAGGAUUUAAGCUCGGAGGAUGAAGCAGUCGCCAACGAUCUCGACAUGCACGCGCUCAUCCUGGGCGGACUGCACGCCGAUAAUGAACCGAUCAAGACGGCAGACGAGGUGAUCAAGGAGAUCGACGACAUUAUGGACGAAACUGGCUCGGAAGAUGGACAGCUGGAGAAUGAAGUGAUAGAAAAGGCGAAGGAAGUGCUUGGUUCACCGUUGUACGAAGAGAAACUGCGUUCCCUUUCGAUUACCCAGCUGAAUGAGCUGUACAUGGAGAUGGAGGUGCUGAUACGCGAAUUUUCCGAGACGCUCAUCUCCGAGCUGGCAUUGCGCGAUGAGCUUGAGUACGAGAAGGAGCUUAAGAACACGUUCAUCUCGUUGCUACUUGCCGUACAAAACCGUCGCCGUCAGUACCAUGUGGAGAAGAAGAAGGGCAAGGCAGGUGGGAAGGGUUCGACCGGAACAGCAAACAGUACGGGUAUGGAUCCAAAGUAUCUCACAACGGUUAUUCCCUACCAGCUAAACAGUACGCCCGAUAAUCAAACACUGCAAGUGUUGAUCAAAAUACUGAAAGCGAUCAAUGAAGACAGCCCAACCGUUCCUACACUUUUGACGGACUACAUCCUGAAGGUACUCUGUCCAACGUAAGCGAAUGCCCCUUCGACGGGCAUGACGAUCUGCCAUCGUCUUCUGCUCUCCAUGAC